AUGAAGUACCUUGUGCUUGCCCUCUGCAUACAUCUUAUUCAAGCAGCUGUCUUACCUGAGGCAGAUGUCCUCACCGAGGAGAUUCCACUGCAAGCGCAGGUGCUUAGCGGUGAUGAGUUAUUAGACUAUUUGAGAAAGAACCAGAGACUCUUCGAGGUCGAAGCCACCCCUGCAGGCCAUAAUUUCGAUCGCAAGUUGAUGGAUCUGAGCUUCAUUAACCAGAAUAGGAAGCCUGUUUUCGAAGACAAGAACGACAAGGGCGAAGACAUCCCGGAAAGUUUCGACGCUCGAACCAAAUGGUCAAAGUGUUCAUCACUCAAACAUAUCCGUGACCAAGCUAAUUGCGGAUCAUGCUGGGCAGUAUCAACAGCAUCAGCCCUUUCGGAUCGUAUCUGCAUUGCUAGUAACGGACGAAAACAGGUGUAUGUCUCAGCAACGGACAUUCUUUCAUGCUGCGGAACCCAAUGUGGUUACGGAUGUAACGGUGGUUGGCCAAUUCAAGCCUUCAACUACUUCUCAAAACAAGGUGCUGUCACUGGAGGAGAUUACAAAGCUACGAGCGGCUGCCGUCCUUACCCGUUCCAUCCAUGCGGGCAUCACGGAAAAGAUACGUACUACGGAGAGUGUCCAAAUGAAGCAACUACUCCAAAAUGUGUGAGGAAGUGCCAAAAAAGUUACAAGAGAUCAUACAAGAAGGACAGAACGCUCGGCAAAGAUGCUUAUGAACUACCCAAUUCGGAGAAAGCUAUCCAGAGGGAGAUCAUGAAGAAUGGACCUGUCGUCGGUGCUUUCACUGUUUAUGAGGACUUCUCCUACUACAAAAAAGGAAUCUAUAAGCACACAGCAGGUAAAGCACGAGGUGGUCAUGCUAUUAAGAUAAUCGGAUGGGGUAAGGAAGGUGGUGUGCCAUAUUGGCUCAUUGCUAAUUCGUGGCACAAUGACUGGGGAGAGAAUGGCUACUUCCGCAUACUUCGUGGAAGCAACCACUGUGGAAUUGAAGAAAACGUUGUAGCCGGACACGUCUGA